AGAGUGGUCCUGACAAUGGAUCAAUGGCUGUGGAUGAUGAUCAUCUUCUAUUGCUUAUCAAGUGGAGGAGGAGGGGUUGUUGGAGCACCACUAGUGCCUGCUAUGUUUGUCUUUGGAGACUCAUCGGUUGAUAAUGGAAACAACAAUUUCCUCAGCUCUAUUGCAAAAUCCAACUACAUGCCUUAUGGGAUUGAUUUCUAUCAAGGUCCCACUGGGAGGUUCAGUAAUGGAAGAACCGUAGUGGAUAUGCUAGGAGAGAUGUUGGGUCUCCCUUAUGUCCCACCCUAUGCUGAUCCUACCACAUCAGGAGCAAGAAUUCUCGGCGGAGUGAACUAUGCUUCUGCAGCUGCUGGCAUUCUUGAAGAGACUGGCCGACACUAUGGAGAGCGUUACAGCUUGAACAAACAAGUGCUUAAUUUUGAAGAUACCUUGAAUCAAUUGAGAAGUCAGAUAAAUCCAAGUUACUUGCCACAAUUCUUAGCCAAGUCUAUUGCAGUGAUGGUGUUUGGGAGCAAUGACUACAUCAACAACUACCUCUUGCCCUCCUUAUACUCUACCAGUUACUAUUACAAUCCAAAGGACUUCGCCAAUCUCCUCCUCAACCACUACGCCAGGCAGCUUCUGGCUCUAUACAAUGUGGGACUGAGGAAGUUCUUGCUACCAGGGAUAGGGCCACUAGGUUGCAUUCCUAACCAAUUAGCAACCGGCAAAGCACCACCUGGGAGAUGCGUUUCGUAUGUGAAUGAAAUUGUUGGGAUGUUCAAUGAAGGGCUUAGAUCACUAGUCGACCAGCUGAAUUCCUACCAUCCUGGAGCAAUUUUUGUGUAUGGUAACACUUAUGGAGCAAUGGGUGACACCCUCAAUAACCCUGCAACUUAUGGGUUUAGCGUGACCAACAGAGGGUGCUGCGACAUGGGGAUAGACCUAGCACAGAUAACAUGUCUUCCUCUCUCUAUUCCCUGCACAGACAGAAACCAGUAUAUAUUCUGGGAUGCAUUCCAUCCAACACAAGCUGUGUAUGCAAUUCUUGCUCAGAGGGCGUUUAGUGGCCCACUUUCUGACAUCUACCCAAUCAACAUUCAGCGAAUGAUACAAAUUUAAGUUGUUCCCAA